UAUAAUGCAGCUGCUAAUUGCCGGCAGGCAGGCUGUCUCCUACGGUCCACGUGACCGGUGGGGUGAGCAGAGAGGAGCGCGGGGAAGAGUGGACUGCGGCAGCGACAGGCUGUCGGGCCGGAGCUCCUGCCUCCUUGAGAGCCCCGAGCGAAGCCAGCGAGCCCAAGGAGCAUGGUGCUGAGGUGAGGGAGGUCAUGAAGACGCCACUGUUGGCCUUGGCUUUGUGGUCACUGCUCCUCCGGCCGGGGUUGACGUUCUGGACCUCCCACGUGAGUCGAAACUGCCAGGAUGGCAGCUACGAGAUCAGCGUCCUGAUGAUGAACAACUCGGCCUUCCCAGAGUCCCUGGACAACUUGGAAGAGGUGGUGAAGGAGGGAGUGAAAAUUGUGAGGCAGCGUCUGCUUGAAGCCGGCCUCAAUGUGACCGUGAAUGCCACCUUCAUCUAUUCAGAAGGUGUGAUUUAUAAGUCCAGUGACUGCCGGAGCAGUACCUGUGAAGGCCUCGACCUCCUCAGGACGAUUUCAAGUAAAAAACAGAUGGGCUGUGUCCUCAUGGGGCCCUCGUGCACCUAUUCCACCUUCCAGAUGUACCUUGACACAGAUUUAAACUAUCCCAUGAUUUCAGCUGGGAGUUUUGGAUUGUCAUGUGACUACAAAGAAACUUUAACCAGGAUGAUGUCUCCAGCUCGCAAGCUGAUGUACUUUUUGGUUGACUUUUGGAAGGACGAUUUUCAAUUCAAACCUUUUUCCUGGAACACUGCAUAUGUUUUCAAGAAUAGUACAGAGACUGAAGACUGUUUCUGGUACCUCAAUGCUCUGGAGGCUGGAGUUUCCUAUUUUUCUCAGAAACUAGGCUUCAAGGAGAUGUUGAGAGGAGAUGCCGAGUUUCAGGAUAUCUUGAUGGAUCAUAACAGGAAAAGCAAUGUGAUUGUUGUAUGUGGUAGACCGGAAACCAUCCAGAACCUCAGGGGUGACCGGGCAGUGGCUGAAGACAUUGUCAUUAUUCUAGUGGAUUUAUUCAAUGACCACUACUUCAUGGACAAUGUCACCGCCCCUGACUACAUGAAAAAUGUUCUUGUCCUGACCCUGCCUCCGGAAAACUCCGUCUCAAAUAGUUCUUCCUCCAAGAAUUUAUCACUGGCAAAAAAUGAUUUUGCUGCUGCCUACCUGGAUGGAGUCUUGCUUUUUGGACAUAUGCUGAAGAUAUUUCUUGAAAAUGGAGAAGAUGUUACCACCUCUAAAUUUGCUCAUGCUUUCAGGAACAUCACUUUUGAAGGGCAUAUGGGUCCUGUGACUCUGGAUGCCUGUGGGGAUAUUGACAAUACCAUGUACCUUCUGUACACCUCUGUGGACACCAGCAAAUACAAGGUUCUUUUGACCUAUGACACCCGUGUGAACCAGACUAGCCCUGUGGCUGAGCGCCCCAUGUUCAUCUGGAAGAACCACAAACUUCCUAAUGAUAUUCCAGGCCGGGGCCCUCAAAUCCUGAUGAUCGCCGUCUUCACACUCGCGGGAACAGUGGUCCUCCUGCUUCUCAUCGCUCUCCUGGUGCUCAGAAAAUAUAAGAGAGAACAUGCACUUCGUCAGAAGAAGUGGUCCCACAUUCCUCCUGAAAACAUCUUUCCUCUGGAGUCCAAUGAGACCAACCAUGUUAGCCUAAAGAUCGAUGAUGACAAGAGGCGAGACACAAUCCAGAGACUGCGGCAGUGCAAAUACGACAAAAAGCGAGUGAUUCUAAAGGAUCUCAAGCACAAUGAUGGCAAUUUCACUGAGAAACAGAAGAUCGAAUUGAACAAGUUGCUUCAGAUUGACUAUUACAACCUAACCAAGUUCUACGGCACGGUGAAGCUUGAUUCCACGAUCUUUGGGGUGAUUGAGUACUGCGAGAGAGGAUCCCUCCGGGAAGUUUUAAAUGACACAAUUUCUUACCCUGAUGGUACAUUCAUGGACUGGGAGUUUAAGAUCUCUGUCUUGUAUGACAUUGCUAAGGGAAUGUCCUAUCUGCACUCCAGUAAGACAGAAGUCCACGGCCGUCUGAAAUCGACCAACUGCGUGGUGGACAGUAGGAUGGUGGUGAAGAUCACCGAUUUUGGCUGCAAUUCCAUUUUGCCUCCAAGAAAAGACUUGUGGACGGCCCCGGAGCAUCUCCGCGUAGCCAGCGUUUCACAGAAAGGAGACGUGUACAGCUACGGCAUCAUCGCCCAGGAGAUCAUCCAGCGGAGAGAAACCUUCUACACGCUCAGCUGUCGGGACCAGAAAGAGAAGAUUUUCAGAGUGGAGAAUUCCAACGGAGUGAAACCCUUCCGCCCCGAUCUGUUCCUGGAAACAGCAGAGGAAAAAGAGCUGGAAGUCUAUCUACUUGUCAAAAACUGUUGGGAGGAAGAUCCAGAAAAGAGGCCAGAUUUCAAGAAAAUUGAGAAUACCCUGGCCAAGAUAUUUGGCCUUUUCCAUGACCAAAAAAAUGAGAGUUACAUGGAUACCUUGAUCCGACGUCUACAGCUGUAUUCCCGGAACCUGGAACAUCUGGUGGAAGAAAGGACACAGCUAUACAAGGCGGAGAGGGACAGGGCCGACCAGCUUAACUUCAUGUUGCUCCCACGGCUCGUGGUCAAGUCUCUGAAGGAGAAAGGCUUCGUGGAGCCUGAACUCUACGAGGAGGUCACAGUCUACUUCAGUGACAUUGUAGGGUUCACUACCAUCUGCAAGUACAGCACCCCCAUGGAGGUGGUGGACAUGCUCAACGACAUCUAUAAGAACUUUGACCACAUUCUGGACCACCACGACGUGUACAAGGUGGAAACCAUUGGUGAUGCCUACAUGGUGGCCAGCGGUUUGCCUAAGAGAAAUGGCAACCGGCAUGCAAUAGACAUUGCCAAGAUGGCCUUGGACCUCCUCAGCUUUGUGGGGACCUUUGAGCUGGAGCAUCUUCCUGGCCUCCCAAUAUGGAUUCGCAUUGGAAUUCACUCCGGUCCCUGUGCUGCUGGAGUCGUGGGGAUCAAGAUGCCUCGUUAUUGCCUGUUUGGAGAUACAGUCAACACAGCCUCUCGGAUGGAAUCCACUGGCCUCCCCUUGAGAAUCCAUGUCAGCGGCUCCACCAUAGCCAUCCUGAAGAGGACAGAGUGCCAGUUCCUCUAUGAAGUAAGAGGAGAAACCUACUUAAAGGGAAGAGGAGCUGAGACCACCUACUGGCUGACCGGGGUGAAGGACCAGGAGUACAACCUACCGACCCCUCCAACCGCGGAGAAUCAACAGCGCUUGCAGGCUGAGUUCGCCGACAUGAUCGCCAGCUCUUUACAGAAAAGACAGGCCUUGGGGAUAAGGAACCGAAAACCAACCCGGGUGGCCAGCUACAAGAAGGGCACCCUGGAAUAUUUGCAGCUGAACACGACAGACAAUGAGAGCACCCAUUUUUAGACCUUGGUAAGAGCUAAGCGCUCAGGAAAAACUAAGUCCAGCCACACCUGGGGCAAUGACCACAAGUGUCCUGAAGCUUCCGCUUCUCUGAGACCUCAGUAAAGCAGAAGACUCAGAUGCAGUCUCCAAUAGCCUCGGCUUCCCUGUCUGGGAUGUAGGCUUGCUUCUGUGAAUCACGUACACUCUUAGUGCAAUAAUUACCUUCUCCUCUGCAGCCUGAUCUCAAUAGCUGCUCCAGGGAACUUCAUCCUGGGAAGGAAGAGAAAUGAAUAUGUACUAUCUCAAAGUUGAAGAGAUUUUGUUCUUAUUUCACCUGUUUCAGCUUUGUUUUGUUUACUGGCUCUUUUUCUUUCUGUAUUCAUGAUAACAUUUUUUUAAAUUGUCCCAGUGAUAUUAAAUAUUUUAUCUCCAUUAAAUUAUAUUUUAACUCCUAAUUUUGGCAGACAAUAUGCUGUAUAUGAGGCAGGAAUAAAAGUUAAACAUUUCCUGGA